AUGCCAUUGUUCUCCUCUAGUACUGCUUCAAGAAUGCAGCCAUCCACCAGUGAAGACCUUUUAAUUAUUGAUUUGUUCACUUCGUCAGCCAAGAUGCCAUUGUUCUCCUCUAGUACUGCUUCAAGAAUGCAGCCAUCCACCAGUGAAGACCCAAGUGGGGACUUGGAAAUAAAGGUUGAUGGGCUUUCGACAAUUCUAGAAAAGAUAUACACAUGGGAAAGCAAACUAUAUGUGGAAGUUAAGGAAGAAGAGAAGAUCAGACUGGGUUUUGAAAAGAAAUUCAAGCGAUUGAAGGACUUGAACAGGAAAGGUGCAGAACCUGAAAAACUUCAAGCUACUCAAUCAUCAAUAAAGAAGGAACUCACAAAGAUUAACAUUACUAUUAGAUCCAUUGAUGCCAUGUCAAAUAAGGUUCACAAGUUAAGGAAUAAUCAGUUGCAAUCUGAACUUACUAAACUCAUUCAAGGUUGCUAA